AUGUACACAACAAAAUCGUCCUAUUGUUCGUGUUCAACAUGUACAGAAAUACGAAAUGACAAACCAAAACAUUCUCGUUAUACAAAUUUACUUCGUUAUCUAUUAGUAUGUUCUUGUUGUUCAUCAAAAAACAAAUUAAUGCUGGCAGAUCACCAAACAUCCUGUUCAUCGUUGGACAAUUCAAGAAUAUCAACAAUUACAUUUCGAGAUGUCGAUGUAUCAAACAAACAUUGUUCAAAACACGAUGUUAUGACCAAAGCAUCACGGCCCUGCUUUUCAAAAUUCAAAAACGAAGAAUUACGCCAACGUGUUAAAGAUGCAAAUCAACGUUGGAAACGAAUGUCAAUAUUGCCAGCUAAUUUUAUUGAUUUUAUAUUUAAAAAUAAGGAUUUUGUUCCUCUUUGUAGAAUAUGUUAUGAAAAUCUUUCACUGUUAGAAUUUAAUCUAUGUCAUAGAUGUAUUACGGCUUUAAUUAAUUAUCAACAACUAAUUCAACAAGCAACUAUUUCGCAAUCAAUCAUUGAAGAUGAUCGAAAUACUUUAUCCACUAUUUCUAAUGCAACUGUAUUAAACUAUGAUGAGGAUAGUGAUUCAGAAGAACUUGAAGAAUUUUUCAUUGAUUGUAUGGAAUAA